AUCAGAUAAAUAGUUGAAGAAAAGAUUUCAACGAGACCACAGUCGUCGGAACACGGUGUGAUUGUUUUUAAGUGGAAGAAAAAUUUCUUACUGUUAGUACAGAGACCAACGGUCGUUUGAUCACGAUGGACGAUCAACCGAAAGCGGAAGGGGAAGCAGACAAAAAGAUUGUACACGUUUAUCCUUUGGUUAAGUUUUCCGAUAUGAAUGACGAUAUCCGAGCCGAGGCGAUAGAACUGAGCAUUACAGCUUGUGAGAAAUACGCACAAAACUACGAGCAUGCAGCGAAGGCGAUCAAGGAUCUGAUGGACAAAAAGUUUGGCACCUAUUGGCAUGUGGUCGUCGGAGAAGGAUUCGGAUACGAGGUGUCCUACGAAACUAAGAAUAUCUUGUAUUUGUUUUUUGGCGGAAAUUUGGCAAUUGUUUUGUGGAAGUGUUCGUAGACUAUUGGAGGUCGGUGAUGAACAUGGAUUGUGUCUCUGGAAAGUUAUUGCUGAAAUAAAACGAAUUAUUUUUGUGUAAAUAGAGAAUAUUGGUUUUUUCCGUCUGUAAAAUAUUUUUAGGACUGUUAGAGGUCAGAGGUGGAAAUGGAUCCCUAAAAUAUUGUCAUUCAUGUGAAGAUAAUCUAGAAUUUUAUUUUUGGUAUCCAUUUCAAAUGAUGUACAUAUGUGCAACUUGUGAUUUUUUCGUGGUGUUUUUGUUCUUCGACGAUGAGUACAACAAAGUGAAAGAGUGCAAGAUUUUUGCAUAUUUUGUUGAAGUUAUCGGAUGAUUUACUGCAAUGUAUAUAAUUUUUGUUUCUCACUUCCUGCAAUGCUGUUCUAUUCAAAUCUGGAACAGCGUCAUUUUCAGGCAGUGUAAAUAUGUAUGAGUAUCGAGGUCAACCAAUACUAAACUAAGGCCGUCUGAAAGCGAGGUCCUACAAAUGCGUUGAUUUUAUCGCACUGCUUUAUUUUUCGUUCGGUUUUAAUAUGUACUAAUGAAGUAGCAACUUACAUUGUAAAUCACUUAAUAUGCACAAAUUAUUCUUAAUAUUAUUAUUUUCUGGAUAAAUUGGAGGUCGUACAAUAGCUUUAUAAGUGAUGAAUUUCAAACAAAGAAUCAACAUAACGUUCUAUUUUCAAAUAAGGUAAACCAUUAAGUGAAAAACUUCCAUUCAGUACCCGUAGUAGAUCCCAACUAUGAUGUAAACGCUUUGAGGAUGGCUUUAAAAAUGCAAACUUAUUCAUCAUAGAUCACCCAAGAUUAGUAUUGAUAAUAAAUGAACACAUCAAUUCAUCCGUCGUUCACACAUCUUGUCUCAUCGCAUCGAAAAUUGAUCCUUUUAUCGAUAUUCUCAUCUCUUUUUUGAAUAUUCGGAAGGAGGUUUGUUGUUAACCCAUUAUUUGAAUAUAUUUUUAUGAUCCCGAAUAGAUUAAACAAAUUGGUUUUAAAGGGUGUUACGAUCAAAAUUUGGUGGAUUUAAACUUGAAGAAUUUCUAUUAACCAUGUAUUUACAAUCCUGAAUAUAGUAGCCUUCAUGUGGGCUUUGCAUUUGCUCUACAGUUAUCAAAAUGGCGUCCUAGUAAGCGGAGCAAUGCAUCAACAUUUUGCUCACCGAUAAUGAAAAUCUAAACUGCUCGCACGUGUUUCACGUAUUCCAGUCACGUAUCAAAUUUCACAAGCGGGGAGCGACCUACUUAAGCCGCUAUAGCCAAACUAGUACCGUUAACCGGGACACCUUGCUCGAUCGAGAAAUUUUCACUCACCAGAAUCGGUACCAGUGUGGUACCCACGAGGGGUGCCAAUACUUUUUUCCUCGGUGUAUUUUUCAUACCUAGCUAUGUCUUGAGAAGGUGAUUGUUCAAUAGACAGCGCGUUGACCGUGUUUGGUGGCACGCAAGGCGGAGCAACAUCUCGUCAGCCUGCUCAUGAGGUACGAUAGAGCAUGUUUGGGAUACGUGGUGGAACAAGACCCACAAUAGGUGCAGAUGAUGUCCGAGACCGAUAUUGGUUUGAUUUUUUUUCAAUAGUCGUGGAAUGCUGUGGCUCAUACUAUCAGACACAGGAAGAAAUAACAAAAAAAAAAGAAGUCCGUCUCUCAUCGAGGAAGAUGACUCAGCAUAUUCUCGCUUUUCUGGGUCUUGGUAUUACUCCGCGAUUGGUGCAACAAAAACUAUUCUCGAUACCAGUACUGAGGUAUGAACGCCGAUGCCGAUGGGGGUUCUCCACGUACUGGGUACUGGGUAGCUCACUUCCGGGGCCGGAAUAGGUUUGCUUCAAUAGUCACGAGUGAAAUGCUCUGCUGCAUACAUCAAAACGACGAAAAAAAUUUAGAAAUAAGAGAAGUCACCUAAUCAAAACGUUUAUAUCUUGUCUUUCUUGAUUCUUUAUUUUAAUGUCCUAUUCCUAUCAUCUUGCACUUUUGUUCCUACGGCACACAUUUCCCAUCAUUUACUACAAUCUGGUAUAUAUCCCUAGCAAAGAAUGAAUCUGACAAGCUGCUGAAAUAAUUCGUAAGGAAGUUCGUUACAUCCUGUUUAGAUCUGAAUUUCCUAUUCCUCAUACGAUUGAGGAUAGACCUGAACAAGUGGUAAUCAUUUGGGCUUAGUGGUUUUCGAAAAAAAAACUGCGAGCGAGGAGUACUUUUGUACACGUUUGCCUUUGUGCAGAUCGGAAAAUGCUUCCCUAACAUCCCUAACUCGUACUUCUAACAUCAGGAACCUGAGAACAUCGUCAUUUCAGAUACUAGCGGCGAAUGAAUUUUCAAAUUUAAAGCCUCUAUAGUAUAAAAAGUAAAAGUUGAAGUAUUACAUGGCAUUUGUUCAAAGGCAAAUAUAUUGAAUUCAAUUGAAUUUUAAAAUUGUUUCAUUAAAUCAAUAAUUUAAUCAAUACAAACAAAUCAUUACUAUAUCAUAGAUAUAAUCCAUCCAUUUUUUUUAUUUAUAAUGAUGCUACAUCCCAUUGAGAGAUCAUAUCUUCUACACAACGUUUUACCGAUAAACGCGAUCCAUGACAGAAGAUAUCCAACACCAGGUGGCAACAAUUCUUCCCAAGUCUUGCUCCACCUGAUCCAACCACCGCGCUCGCUGAGCUUCACUUCUUGUCCCCAUCGAAUUCGAUGUGAACACCAUCUUUGCGGGACUGCUGUUCGAUAAUAAAGGGUGUGUCACAUCAAAUUGCAUCACGGAAAAAACGCUGUAGAAAUUCGCCCAGUAGACCGAUCCUUUUGAAAAUUUUAGAUAGUAAAAUAAAAACUAUCAAACAACUUUUGGCAUUUUCUUUUUAUUCAUACUUCGAGCCCAAGCCCGUAUGCUCGCACCUUCCUCUUUACCCCGUCCAUAAGGUUCUGUACAACGUCAGGUUGUAGUUUUUU